AUGAUUAAUAAGAACAAUGAAAGAUUAAACAAGGAAUUGGUUUCAACAGAAAAUGAGCAAACUUAUAGAAUAACCCUGCAAUCGGAAGAACUUACAGGUUUUGGUACAAGGACUGCUGAGAAAUUUCAGAUAGAUCAGAAGAGAACGCCUCCUUCCUUUCGUCGGGCUCCUCCGGCCGUCGCGGUUGAAAUUGCUCUCGUCUGGGGAGUCGGCGCAACUCCUGUUCAGUCACUUCCCCACCCUUCUUUUUCCGGCGCGGCAUUGUUCCUCUUUGAGGCGUCCUUGGCGAGCUGCAUGGCAAGUCGGCUGACUCCAGAUCUGGGCGAUGUCGUUGUAGCAGAGGGGUCUGAGUUCAUCGCCUCUUUCUCCCCUAGAUCUUCUCGCUUUCCUGUUGUUGAGGCGGAUGGUCCGACGUGUUUCGGUUGGUUUCCCGCCGGCUAUCUGAGGUCUGUCGGCGAAGAGUCCUUGUGCCUCGUUGCUCGUUUCUCGAAGAUUCGCCGGUUAGAAGUGGGGUUGUCACUG